UACUAGAAAAACGCGCGGCUCUUACCUGAGAAGCAAGAAGAGAGGAGAAACAGACGAACGAGAAGAAAUGGAGAUCGUGAGGUCUCACAGGAAGAGUUCCGCCGGAGGUCCCGUCCCUACCCUUUCUUUCUAUCGAUCGGCACCGCCAUUAGAAGUUAGACUGGAGGAUUUCGAGCUCUUCGCGAUGGAUCGUCUUCGAGUUCUUCAUGGAAUUUCGGAUGGAUUAUCACGUGGAAAGAAGGCUACUGAGAUGGAUGAUCUGGUAAGCGAGCUGUGGAGAGAGCACAUGCGGCAUCCAGAUACUACGGAAAUUAUUAACAAAGAUAUCAUUUCUCACUUUGUACUGCGACUAGUUUACUGCAGAACCGAGGAUCUACGCAAGUGGUUUCUGUCAAUGGAAACAACACUUUUCCGUUCCCGGUUCAGAUUUGCAAGUGCUGAAGCUCAGAUAAUGCUCAUGAAUGAAUGUGAGCUACCUCUCAAGGCACUCACCCACGAUGAAUUUAAGGAUGUGAAGGACGAGCUCGGACAAGUUGCACGCUCAAUUAACCAACCUUUGCCUACUGCAGAUGACAGCAUCUUUUUCAAGAUCCCGUUUGAGGAGGUCCCUGAACUAGUUGCAGCUCGUUCAGUAUAUCUGCGAAAAGGUUAUGGAUAUGUUGCUGUGAAUCAGGUAGUCUCGCUUGUUGCCAACCAGUUUCGCAGCCAUCUAUCCAAGGCACUUGUAUUGACAAACAGGAAAUGGACAACAACAAUUCGGGAACUUGAGAAGGAUAGGUUAACUCCUAUUGUAGAAGGUUUGAGCACACGCUAUUUAGGCCCUGACUAUUCACAGCCAAAAGAAUAUGCAGAAAUAUCUCUCAAAGAUAUUGAUCAGAUUGCCAGAAGUUCCUUUUCCCUUUGUAUGCGCCAUUUGUUCUACAAGCUUCGAGAAGACCACCACUUAAAGCAUGGGGGAAGGAUGCAACUAGGUCUCUUUCUAAAGGGAGUUGGUCUGAAGUUGGAUGAUGCUUUGGCAUUUUGGAGGGCUGAAUUCUCUCAAAAGGUUGGAUCUGAGAGGUUCGAGAAGGAGUAUGCAUAUAAUAUAAGGCAUAACUAUGGGAAAGAGGGAAAAAGAACGGAUUAUACACCAUAUUCAUGUCAAAGGAUUAUCACAUCAACUCCUGGUGUUGGGGAUCAUCAUGGUUGUCCAUAUCGUCAUUUCAGCGAGGAGAACCUUAGAGCUGCAUUAGGUAAUAUGGGUGUCACUGGACGAUCGGUUGAUGAUAUAAUGGAAAAGGUUCAAAACCGCCAUUACCAGUUAGCCUGCACUUUGACUUUUGAAGCAAUCCAUUCCUGUCCACAUGAUGCUGGAAUCAACCAUCCAAAUCAGUACUUCAUAGACAGCAGAAAGAUACUCCAGCCUAAGGCCGAUUCUGUCGGUGGUUCUUGAGUGGUCAUUCGCUUCUUUCAGUUCAUCAAUCCAGCCUUGCAAGGUUAUGGUUCAACCUCACGUUGUUCCUCAGCUCAAGAAUGCAUUACACUAACCCUGCACUUGGUUUAAAUAUGCGAACACAUCGCUUUUCUCAUCUACCUGCAGAAUACUGGAAGUUCCUACCGACUACCAGCAAAUAGUAACAUGACCAAAGGCCUGGUGUCUGCAUGGACCAUGUACAAUAACUUGACGAGUUAUAAAUUGUAUGGACGAUAACUUGCUUGGUUAUUGUAGAAGUUAGAUGUUAAGGCAAUGGUUGCAGAGACUCAUUGUGACUUGUUUGUAUUGUAUCCACUAGGAGAAAGAAUGUGUAUUAUGGCUUU